UUUGCAGAGCUUGGUGUCUCUGCUUCUACACUGCCCACUGUGAUGGACAUCUUCCUUUUUGGUGCCAGUGAGAUCUACUUUGAAGCCUGCCUUUUGCAGAUGUUCUCCAUACAUUCAUUUUCCAUCAUGGAGUCUGGAGUUCUGCUGGCCAUGUCUGUGGACCACUUUGUGGCCAUCUACAACCCACUGCGGUACACGGCCAUCCUGACUCUUCCCUGUAUUGCUGGUACUGGAGCUGCAGUUGGACUGAAGAGUGUGAUGUUCAUGUUCCCACUGCCCUUUCUCCUGAAGCAUCUUCCCUUCUGUGGACACAACGUCCUCCCCCACUCCUUUUGUUUUCACUCAGAUCUAAUCCAGCUGCCCUGUGGGGACACUCGUCCCAACAGCAUUCUGGGGCUCUGCAUUGUUACUUCUACUUUUGGGCUGGACUCGCUGCUCAUCAUCAUCUCUUAUGUGCUGAUCCUCUACACAGUGCUGGGCAUUACCUCUGGGGAGGGACGGCAGAAGGCCCUCAACACAUGUGUAUCACAUAUCUGUGCAGUCCUUGUGUUCUAUGUGCCCGUGAUUAGCAUGGCUCUGGUGCACCGCUUCAUGAAGCAUGCUGCACCAGCUCUCCGUCUACUCCUAGCCAAUGUCUAUCUUCUGGUGCCUCCUGUGCUCAAUCCCAUCAUCUACAUUGUUAAGACUAAGCAGAUUCCCCAGGAAAUAAUCCAACUCUUUCCUCAAAGUAAAUGUUAA